AUGAGGUGGGCGUGUAUCUGGCUCCUCUGUCCCCUGGGCCCGCUGGUCUUGCUCUCUGCAUCCACAAACCCUCCCAACGUCCUGUUAAUCUUUGCGGAUGACCUGGGGUUUGGAGAUUUGGGAAGCUAUGGGCACCCCACCUCAGCCACGCCCAACCUGGACAAGAUGGCGGCCAGGGGCCUGAGAUUCACCGACUUCUAUGCCAGCUGCCCAAUCUGCAGCCCCUCGCGGGCGGCCCUGCUGACGGGUCGGUACCAGAUACGCUCUGGGGUUUACCCCGGCGUGUUCUACCCCGGCUCCCGGGGAGGUCUCCCGCUGUCUGAGGUCACCAUCGCGGAGGUGCUGAAGGCUCGGGGCUACGCCACGGCCAUGGUCGGCAAAUGGCACCUGGGACUGGGGGCCAAUGGCUCCUUCCUGCCCAUCCACCAGGGCUUUGACCGCUUCCUGGGGGUGCCCUACUCCCAUGACCAGGGCCCCUGCCAGAAUCUCACCUGCUUCCCCCCGAACACCAAGUGCUUUGGGAUGUGCGACCAGGGCGUGGUGCCCGUCCCACUGCUCCUAAACCAGAGCAUCCUGCAGCAGCCGCUCGCCUUCCCCCAGCUGGUGCCGCGCUACGACAAGUUCUCUUGCGACUUCAUUGUCGACUGCGCCCGCCAGGGCCGACCCUUCCUGCUCUACUACGCCUCCCAUCACACCCACUACCCCCAGUUUGGAAGCGAGGAGUACAUGGGCCAGUCACUGCGGGGGCCCUUUGGGGAUGCCCUCAUGGAGUUUGACGGCUCAGUGGGGCUCCUGCUCCAGGCACUGCAGGAGAAUGGCCUGGAGGGGAACACGCUGGUCUUCUUCACCGCAGACAAUGGCCCCGAGACCAUGCGAAUGGCCCGUGGGGGCAGCUCGGGUCUCCUGAAGUGUGGAAAGGGAACGACAUACGAGGGCGGGAUGCGGGAGCCUGCGAUUGCUUAUUGGCCGGGCCGGAUCUCCCCGGGCGUGACCCACGAGAUGGCCAGCACCCUGGACAUCCUGCCAACCUUGGCUGCCCUGGCUGGGGCGCCUCUCCCCACUGUCCCAUUGGACGGCUACGACCUGAGCCCGGUGCUGUUUGGAGGUGGGAAGAGUCCCCGGCAGAUGAUGUUCUAUUACCCGCCCAGCCCCAGCAAGCUGCUUGGCGUCUUUGCUGUCAGAUACGGGAAGUACAAGGCUCAUUUCUUCACACAAGGUGCCUUCCACAGUGGGACGACCCCUGACCCGGACUGCCAUGGGCUGACGCCCCUGACGCCCCACGAGCCUCCACUGCUCUUUGACCUGGAGGCUGACCCUGCAGAGAACUAUAACCUGCUGCAGGGCGGUGCCGUGGGGCCGGAGGUGCUGCGGGUGCUGAAGGAGAUCCAGCUGCACAAGGCGCUCUUCGACCAGCGCAUGGAGUUUGGGGAAAGCCAGAUAGGGAAGGGCAUCGACUCUGCCCUCCAGCCCUGCUGUGCCCCCCGCUGCACCCCCAAGCCCUCCUGUUGCCACUGCCCCUAACUUCCCCCACCCUUUA